AGGCAGGCUAAGCACAAAAACAGACUUCCUGGAAUGAGCAUUUAUUAGUGAGCACCCAACGUCCGCGGUAUUGUUUGUUAUGAAUGCAUUAUUUAUUCGCAAGCAUACACGCCGGUUGUGUUUCGACAAAUGUUUAAAACUUUGCCGAGAAUUUUCGAAGCAAACGCGUCAGGCAAGCAACGGUGCGAUGUCUGACAGGGCGAGAAGGAUAUGUCUCGUUGGUUCAGGAAAUUGGGGUUCAGCAAUUGCAAAAGUGGCUGGAGAAAAUGCUAUUCAAAAGCCCAAAAGAUUUAUCUCUCCAAUAAUGAUGUACGUCUAUGAGGAGGUUGUUGAUGGCCGCAAGUUGUCUGAGAUAAUAAACACAGAUCACGUAAAUCCUAAAUAUAUGCCCGGAAUCAAAUUGCCAGAAAAUGUGGUGGCUAUUCCAGAUGUUGUCGAGGCUGCACGUGAUGCAGAUGUUCUAGUUUUUGUAGUACCUCAUGUUUUCAUUCGUAGGAUUUGUCAGUCACUUAAAGGCAACAUCAAGAGUGAUGCCAUUGGAAUUUCCCUUAUUAAGGGACUUGACUCGUCCAGUGAAGGUGUUUCAUUGGUAUCAAAAGUGAUUGAGGAGGAGCUAUCGAUGCCUUGUCAUGUUCUUAUGGGUGCUAAUCUUGCUGGAGAGGUGGCACAAGAGAUGUUUGUCGAGGCAACAAUAGGAUGCACGGUCACCGAACAUGCGCCUAUUUUGAAAGAUCUUUUUCACUGUCGAUAUUUCAAGGUGAACACAGUCACCGAUGCUGUCACCGUGGAGCUCUGUGGUGCAAUAAAGAACGUUGUUGCCAUUGGAGCAGGAAUAAUCGAUGGUUUGGAAUGUGGGGAAAACACAAAGGCAGCUGUUAUACGUCUUGGUAUGGUCGAAAUAUUAUUGUUCAUCAAGACAUUUUAUGGCGAGGUGAACAAGGAGAUAUUUUUCGAGUCGUGUGGAUUCGCCGAUCUCAUUGCCUCAUGCUAUGGUGGAAGAAAUCGACGAUGCGCUGAACUCUUCGCCAGGACAGGAAAGAGUUUUGAAGAUCUGGAGAAAGAAAUCCUUAACGGUCAGAAACUUCAGGGACCUUCCACACUUCAUCAAGUGUAUAAAACAAUAAAGGAAAAGGAUUUGAUCCAAAGUUUUCCGUUGUUCACGUCGCUGGCAAAAAUUGUAUGUGAAGGUCAAACACCGACGACUCUGAUCGACAAGCUGAAAGAUCACUUUUAAGGACGCAAAUAUUUAAUGUACGCGAGCAGUCAUCAAAUAAUGUUUUCAUUGAAAAGAACAGUAAACUUAACGAGUCGCCCCAAA